ACACUUCUAGCUGUGCACCUUUGGUAAGUCAUUGAUAUUUCCUUGUCUAUUUGUAUCAACCUUAUAUCUAUUCUAUUCUUCUCUUUUUUCCCCCGCUUUAUUGAGGCAAGGAAGAACUCGUACGUCUCUCCGCAUCCACCUCUACCUUCAACAUGGCCAACCCUAGAGUCGAAGAGCUUCCCGAUGACGAGCCCAAGAAGGUCUCCGUUGAGGAGCAUGAUGACGAUGACAGCUCCGACUCCGAGAUCGAGGUUGGCGAGGGUGGUGCUGGAGGUUCCACUGCUGUUGUCCAUUCCCGCAACGAAAAGAAGGCACGAAAGGCCAUUGAGAAGCUUCACCUUACCCGCGUCACCGGUAUCACUCGAGUAACACUCCGACGACCUAAGAACAUCUUGUUUGUUAUCAACAAUCCUGAAGUGUACAAGUCGCCGAACAGCAACACCUACAUUGUGUUUGGAGAGGCUAAGAUUGAGGACCUCAACUCAGCAGCUCAGCAAGCUGCCGCCCAAUCCCUUGCCGCUCCCGGUGGUGAUCACGACCAUGCUGGCCACGACCACAGCCACGGAGAGCCUAGCAAGGCGGUAGAGGGUGCAGAUGACAAGAAGGAUGACGAUGACGACGACGAAGAGGUCGACGCUGAUGGCCUCGAAGAUAAGGAUAUUGAGCUUGUUAUGACCCAAGCCAACGUUAAACGAAACAAGGCCAUCAAGGCUUUGAAAGAGAACGACAACGACAUAGUCAAUUCGAUUAUGGCGCUGAGUGUUUGAUGAUUUGACCUGGGAUUGAUGAGAGUUCCGUUAGGGAGAUGAGGUCUGGGCUAUGGGUGGUUCGGCUAGAUGCAUUGCGACUACGGAAAAGUUUGCAUUGAGGGAAACAAGGGAAGUCGGUCGGCUGUGAAUUAACAAGCUACGAUACCUUACAAUGGAUUCCUGCAACGCUGUGAAUACCACUAUUUUGAAUUUCGACCCGUAAUUGGGUGUGUUUUGUUUUUUUAUCCCGGUGACUAGAGUAUCUUGUGAGAUAUGAAUAUGAAUAUGAAUAUGAGUUGUGCGUAGUGUAUAGUAGGGGAGAUGCUAUAACAUCGAUUAAGGUUUAUGGAAAAGAAUACACUGUUGAACUUGGGAAUGGGAUGCCUACCUCUUCAAGCUAAUAACGGUAUAUUAUACGAGGUGGGAAUAUAUGAUACCAUUACACGUAUUGCCAUAUAUACAUAUGUAUAAUGUACCCAGGUACCUAUAAGUCAUACAAUCACGUGACUAGCUGGUCACGG